AUGUCCAACCAUUAUGGAGCUAUCCAAGGCAACAGUGAGACCACACAAGCCGUCAAUAUACGCCGAAAAGAAGGAGCCGUUUUCCUAGGCUGUUGCGACAUGCGUCGAGCAGUUAUUAUCCUUGACACGAUCUAUUUGGUGAUACUGGUGAUCCAAAUGUUGCUCUACAUUGACAUGGUGCGAUCUGAACAGCCCGAUAGAGAAAUUGAAGUGGCCGCUAGAAGUUUGCUACGCAUAUGUGUCAUGGAAGCCCUGCUUGUUCUGAUCUCUCUCUGGGGUGCGCUGAGUUUUUCAAUGGGCAUGGUCUUUGCGGGGAUUGUCAAUUUUGGAGUUGGUUUGGCCGCUGGUUUUGCUCUCAUGAGGUUGCCGGCAAUUGUAUUAAAUCUCGUUUUCGUUGCUCCACAUGUCUUGUUAUUUAUGGAAAUACAAAGGGGAAUCAUGACGGAAGCCACCUAUCAGAACGAGGAGCACUCAUGUUGUUGCCUGUAG